AUGGAGAAAGGGAGCUAUAGUUUUACUAAAGAAGAAAGAAAUUUUUGGAUCCUAGAUGUUUUGAUCAAAUAUGUUGCCCAACCAGCGGUGAAGAAACGUUUUGAUGUUAUUAUACCACCAGCUGACCUUGCUACUGUUCUCAAUAGUAAUGUCAGAGUCAUUCAAAACCUCAUUAGCAGAAAAGUCAUCAAUGUGUAUCAACAAGAAGUUCUACAGAGGGUGCCCGGCUUCAAAAUCCCGACAAUAAUGAUGACACCGACUCCGAAAACGACAGCAACUUCAUCGGCUGAUUUCGACAUUACCUUGAUGAUAUGCCUUUUACGCAGUCUGAAGCUUGUUCAAGAACCUACCACAGGAUGGGAUAGACUUCCUUCCGACAGGGAUAAAUCUCUUGGGGCGCAUAUGACCAGAAUCAAAGUCUACAGGAACAAGCUAUCUCAUCCUUCAAAAAGUCGAAUUAAUGAAAACUCAUUUAAAAAGAUAUGGUCUUCCUUAAAAGAGGCUUUAAGUGAAAUAAGCGAGGGUGAAACUGACGUCAUUGUGAGUGAAAUUGAAACAUUUGACCUUGAAGGAUCCAAUAAAGAAGAGCUUCUAUGCAGAAUUCAACAGGAAGUUCAGGAAAUGAGAAACGAAUUACAGUUUCACCUUAACUUUAAAGAAAAUACGAUAAAUUUAGUAGAGAAAUGGAGGGCUUAUGCAAAGGAUUUUUAUAAAACCAGGGGUACGAAAGAAGUAUUGGAAAAAAUUAGAAGCAAUAGCACCAUCAUGAUCGUAGGAAAUUCUGGUUCUGGAAAGUCAGCGACAAUGAAAUAUGUAUCUCUCUUGCUUGAGAAAGAAGGAUUUGAAAUAAUUCCGGUAAGCUAUGCUAGCGACAUUCUUUUUCAAAGAUUCAGUACUCGAAAGCAGCUUUUAAUUAUCGAUGAUAUCGUUGGUAAAUACAGAGUGGAUGAUGUGAUUUUGGAAUCGUGGCAAAGAAUAAAUAAUCGUCUUGAAUUGAUAUUUAAGGAUAACAGCGCAAAACUUUUAUGUACUUUGCGAAGACAAUUACAGAACGACAUAAAUGAAUUAUCUAUUUCAACGGUUUUUAAUUCAACAGUUGUUGAUCUUGAUUCAAAUGAUUUAGUCCUGUCUCUUAUGGAAAAGAAAGAAAUGUUCAGAAAUUAUAUGACACAUCGAAACAAACAGGAUGAUAUCGAUACUGAUGAAAUUGAGAGGAUUUGUCGCUGCCAAUACGCAUUUCCUUUAUUAUGUGAUUUGUUUUUCUCGAAUCCUGAAUUCUUCAAGAGGAAAGCUAAGUUUUUCUCCAAUCCAACAAUUAUUUUUAGAGAAGAGUUAGAUCGGCUGCAAAAGAAAAAUAAGGAGGUUUAUUGUGUUUUGGUGUUGAACAUGAUUUUUGAAACUAAAACUUUACAAUCUUUUUAUGAUAUCACUUGUGAAUGUCAAAGAAAGAAUGAUUUCUUGCUAAUUUUGCAAGCAUGCGAAGUACCCGAAUCAAUUCCAAGAAAGCGCCUUUAUAAGCAUCUGCUAUCUGUAUCAGGUAAUUUUGUUCAAUCAGAAAAUCCCUUUUUCUUCAUUCAUGAUAGGCUUGAAGAAACAAUCGCUUGUCAUUUUGGCUCGUGCUUUCCAGAUAUAAUGUUUCAGUGUUGUAAACGUGAAUUUAUAAGAGAAAGGGUUGUGCUUCAGGAAUGUCACGAAGUCGAUCAAGAGGUUUUAAUCCUUAAACCUUCAUCCUAUGAUGCUUUUGCGAAGAGAAUUCAGACAGAAAUAAUGAACGGAAAAUUUCGUGAUGUUCUUCUCAGCGAGCCACUACAAAGCAGAGAUUAUGUGAAUUAUUUUCUGUCUUACCUCCAGAAAAGUAACCUUUCCCUAAAAGAUUUUGAACAUUUGCCUUGUACAGAUUCUUUAACAUUAUCAUUGCAACAAGUUGGAAGAAAGUUCAGAAAUAUCACAAACACAAAUACGCAUGUUAUGCUAGAAGUCUUACAAGACAAAAACAGCAUCUUCACUCACUGGUUAGUUGCAACAGGCUGCUUUUCCCUGUUUAAUCACAUUUAUAAAGGCCCAAGGAGUAGACUCAGAUAUUUCUUUAAAAGAUAUACUUCAGUUCAUGUAACUGACCUCUUACAUUUAGCUGUAUUAGGUGAAAAUAUAGACAUAGUUAGAUUACUCAUUUCCAAAGGUGGAAAUGUUAAAUCCUGCGACCAAUAUGGUAUUCCUUUGCUGUGCAAAAUCGCAAAAACAAAUAAUUGUGCAAUGGCUAAUGUGCUGAUAGAGGAAGGAGCUAAUGUGGAUCAGACAGACGAGGUUCUUGGUUGGACUGCUUCCUUUGUGGCAUCCUGGUUUAACAAAAUUGAAAUGUUAAUCUUGCUGUUAAGUAGAGGAAGUGAUGCUAAUUAUUGUGAUUUCCUGUUAAGAACCCCGUUGGCCAUUGCAGUAUUAAGAAAUAAUGAACAAGCUGUUUCUGUUUUGUUGCGCUACGGUGCUGUAAUCUAUGAUAAAUUUCUUCAUUUUGACUUACCGAUCAACUCACACGUUAUUUUACAAGAGGCAUUGCUAAACAAAAAUUCAAAGAUUGUUCAAUCGCUCUUAGUGUCAGGCAGAGCAAGGAAUGAUCUCAGAAUCGCAUUUCCAUUGGCUGGGUUAUUCAAAAACAAAAGUAUAAUAAACGACCAACUGGGUUUGUUUCUGAAAGAUCUGAAAACAGUUUCUACGGGUAAUUCUAUGUUGAGAGAUUUCGUUGAGAUCUGUAAUGCGAUCUAUGAAAAUGACAUACAAAAGAUACAUAAAAUAUUCAAAAUAAAAAGACAAAGUUUGCAUAGCCUAAUAUUUCAAGGUAGAUACAGAACUGUAACAAGAAGAUGUCUUUUGGCAAAUUUUAAUGGAAAUUACCUGCGUAUAACCUUGCUUCAUAUAGCCGCCUCAUGUGAUGCCGUAAAUGCAGCAAAAACGUUAAUGAAAUUCGGUGCCAAUCCUUUUCUCAGAGAUAUCAAGGAUAGAACUCCUCUUCAUUUAGCAAGAAGUAAAGAAAUGGUUGAAACUCUUCUAAGUGCUAACUUAGAUCAAUUCCAUGAAGAAAAGUUAACACUGUUCCCGUCUUUAAAGAAAUGUCUACUAUUUUUUGUGACAUUUAAAUUCAUCCCUGCUGCAACUAGGAUGUUUGUAAGCUAUAGGAGUGGCGUAAAUACCAUUGACAGUAAAGGGAAUACUCCAUUACAUUCCAUGAUAAUACGGAUGACAAAUGUGACGAGCUGUCUUGACGCAGUGGAAUCACUGUUACGGCAUGGGGCAGAUCCGCGCAUUCGAUGUAAUAAUGGAUACCUUCCUAUAGAUCAUUUCAGAACUGUCUCUCUUUCUAUUGAAGAAAGUGAAGUUGAGAGGGGAGAAAAACUGUUAGCAUGUCCAAAAACAAGAAGCUUUAUAAAAAAGGAAGCAUUGUAUCUAACGGCUUGGGGUUUUCUGUUUCUUUCUUUCAUAGUGUGGUUUUAUCUGUCAAUUGUAGGUAACACUUGUGUUGGCAUGGGAUCUCCUGUAAAUUGGAAACCUAAUUCUAUUGCCAGUGACUCUGAAUUGCUCCACUUUCGCUGUUUGGUUUAUGCACAUUUCCUCACUGUUCUUUUAUUGAACAGAUUGACUUUAUUCUUAUGUAGUUUAGCAAAGUUGUUUGUGUCCGAAGGAAAGGAAAAUAUAUCUAUACGCAGUAGUUUAUAUGCAGAAAAUUUACUUUUAUAUUUCUCAGAAAAAAUUACCAUUGCAAUGGUUAUAAUAGGAAUUGUUUCACAUUACAUUUUAAACCAAACUGGGUUAAGACCACAGAAGCAACAACACUAG